AUGACUGCUCUCUGCGCUGGAGCCGUCCUUCUGCGUUUGUGUCACCUGGGGGCUGCCACCACGGAGAGGCCACAGGAACCCCCCUUGGGCCCUCCCUGUCCCUUUGACGGGGCCUUUUGGACUCGAAGACCCCCCCACGCCCCCCAGCAGGGCUGCUUCGCCUGCAUCUCCAAGGCGCCCUCCGCACAACCAGGAUCGCCGGUCCUGUCGCCUUCCUCUGCCAUUUGCCUCAUGGAGAACAAGAGCUGCAAAGGGGAUACCCUGAGGCCCCCCGGGGUCCAAUGUAAACACUCGGUCGAGAAGAAGACGAUGACGAAUCCCACCACGGUGAUUGAAAUCUACCCAGACACCACCGAGGUGAACGAUUACUAUCUCUGGUCCAUCUUCAACUUUGUAUACCUCAAUUUCUGCUGUCUGGGUUUCAUUGCCUUGGCGUAUUCUCUGAAAGUUCGAGACAAAAAACUCCUCAAUGACCUGAAUGGUGCUGUUGAAGAUGCCAAGACGGCCCGUCUUUUUAACAUUACCAGCUCGGCACUAGCCACCUUCUGUAUCAUUCUGGUCUUCAUCUUCCUGCGAUAUCCUCUUACUGACUACUAGAUGGUGGGCCAGAGAUCGUUGCCCAUCUCUUUCCAUGCCAGAAGUGGCCAUUGAGUUUCUAAUGAAAGGGACAUCAACAACAACAUCAAAAAGCUACUCACACAAGUUUCUCCACAAUGGUAAAAAUAAAUCGCCAACCCUGCAAAAAAAAUUGAAAAAGGCAGUCGGGACUAAACUCAUCCCCAAUGCACACUUACUUAUAGGCUGACUGGUUCACAAACUUCUGUAGCAGAGAGUUUUACUUUUACAUUUUUUUACAAAAAAUAUUUAUUUUCAUGAUAAAGAAACUGGAUGGUGAGAGGAAAACUUGACACAGCUCAGUCAAUGAAAUGCAGUCAAAGGAAAAAAGGAGAGAAGACCGCGAAAACCAAUGAUCCUGGGAGAUGAAGUUUAUGCAACCAGGCUGAGUGCUGAAACUAAAAGGAUGGGGCAGAAGGUUCUGAUGGGUCCAGUCAAUCUCCAGAUCUUUCUGGGGCCCACAGCGAAGUCACCGUCUCAGAGCUCAAGCGAGGGAAUUGGGGAAAAUGCUUGCUGCUAAGAGAUAGGCAUGGCCUUUGCAGAACAUAUCAGUUGCAUUCAGUCUGCUUUCAACUUCUUUCCCUGCUCCGCUCCCCACUCUGUGUUCCCAGUGCACACACCUUUGCUGUAUACAUUUUGCCAAUUUUCGAUUUGAUUUGACCAAAGCCCAAAAUAGCUUGCAAAAAUAUUAAGAACCAGAACAUUUGGAUUUUCAGGCAGUUGACACUAGCCUCUCCUUAAUGAAUCCUGGAGCCUUCUAUGGCCAAUGCCAGGAAACAAAUAUUAUUAAUGGUCCUUUUUGGAACCUCAUGGAAAUGCUGAGAAUGUAGACAGCUUACAGAAAAUUUACAUAGAUCCUGUAUUUCUGUCAACCUUCAAUAAAAAUACCUCUAACCAUCA